AUGCCAAAGGAUCCCAAAAACAGCUUCUUCAUACGCACCCUACGUCGUCUCGGUGUUUUCACCGCUGAUAGCCAGCCAAGCCCAGCUUCCGAUAAGAGCAAAGUCAUCGAUUAUGGAUCUAGUAGUGAGUUCGAACUACCGGCGGACGACGAGCAGAGGCCGAUCCAGAAGCACAUAGCCAGCGAGCAGAAAAGCGUCGGUGGUGAUGAGCUGCCGACGACUACAACGACCACCAAUUCAUCGAUUGCUCUAGCCGUCUCCGUAGAAUCGUCUACUGCUCCGCUGCCAAUAGUACUACGCGACGAGUCCUUCAACAUCGACCACUUCAUCCUCAAGAACCCCGACCUCCCAAACCCGAUCGCCCAACAGCUCGCUCUCAAUAGACAAUCACGCCCCUACGAUGGCUGUGUCAUGAUCCCAGGUCCCCUCGUCAAGGAGUUGACAGAAACCGCCCAGAACGGAUGGCACACAGGUUUCUGGCCGGACGGCACGCCCGCCAAUCGCGAGCGGCGGUGGAGUGGCGGCGAGCCCGGGAGUGGUAUCGGAGGAGUGGGCGGCGGAGGAGGAUGCGGAUGA